AUGGUCCUCUUGGGUCAGGACAGAGGUCUGGAGAAUCGGACGUGGGUCACGAAGUCGGGUCUAUGGGACGUGGGUCACGAAGUCGGGUCUAUGGGACGUGGGUCACGAAGUCGGGUCUAUGGGACGUGGGUCACGAAGUCGGGUCUAUGGGACGUGGGUCACGAAGUCGGGUCUAUGGGACGUGGGUCACGAAGUCGGGUCUAUGGGACGUGGGUCACGAAGUCGGGUCUAUGGGACGUGGGUCACGAAGUCGGGUCUAUGGGACGUGGGUCACGAAGUCGGGUCUAUGGGACGUGGGUCACGAAGUCGGGUCUAUGGGACGUGGGUCACGAAGUCGGGUCUAUGGGACGUGGGUCACGAAGUCGGGUCUAUGGGACGUGGGUCACGAAGUCGGGUCUAUGGGACGUGGGUCACGAAGUCGGGUCUAUGGGACGUGGGUCACGAAGUCGGGUCUAUGGGACGUGUGUCACGAAGUCGGGUCUAUGGGACGUGGGUCACGAAGUCGGGUCUAUGGGACGUGGGUCACGAAGUCGGGUCUAUGGGACGUGGGUCACGAAGUCGGGUCUAUGGGACGUGGGUCACGAAGUCGGGUCUAUGGGACGUGGGUCACGAAGUCGGGUCUAUGGGACGUGGGUCACGAAGUCGGGUCUAUGGGACGUGGGUCACGAAGUCGGGUCUAUGCGACGUGGGUCACGAAGUCGGGUCUAUGGGACGUGGGUCACGAAGUCGGGUCUAUGGGACGUGGGUCACGAAGUCGGGUCUAUGGGACGUGGGUCACGAAGUCGGGUCUAUGGGACGUGGGUCACGAAGUCGGGUCUAUGGGACGUGGGUCACGAAGUCGGGUCUAUGGGACGUGGGUCACGAAGUCGGGUCUAUGGGACGUGGGUCACGAAGUCGGGUCUAUGGGACGUGGGUCACGAAGUCGGGUCUAUGGGACGUGGGUCACGAAGUCGGGUCUAUGGGACGUGGGUCACGAAGUCGGGUCUAUGGGACGUGGGUCACGAAGUCGGGUCUAUGGGACGUGGGUCACGAAGUCGGGUCUAUGGGACGUGGGUCACGAAGUCGGGUCUAUGGGACGUGGGUCACGAAGUCGGGUCUAUGGGACGUGGGUCACGAAGUCGGGUCUAUGGGACGUGGGUCACGAAGUCGGGUCUAUGGGACGUGGGUCACGAAGUCGGGUCUAUGGGACGUGGGUCACGAAGUCGGGUCUAUGGGACGUGGGUCACGAAGUCGGGUCUAUGGGACGUGGGUCACGAAGUCGGGUCUAUGGGACGUGGGUCACGAAGUCGGGUCUAUGGGACGUGGGUCACGAAGUCGGGUCUAUGGGACGUGGGUCACGAAGUCGGGUCUAUGGGACGUGGGUCACGAAGUCGGGUCUAUGGGACGUGGGUCACGAAGUCGGGUCUAUGGGACGUGGGUCACGAAGUCGGGUCUAUGGGACGUGGGUCACGAAGUCGGGUCUAUGGGACGUGGGUCACGAAGUCGGGUCUAUGGGACGUGGGUCACGAAGUCGGGUCUAUGGGACGUGGGUCACGAAGUCGGGUCUAUGGGACGUGGGUCACGAAGUCGGGUCUAUGGGACGUGGGUCACGAAGUCGGGUCUAUGGGACGUGGGUCACGAAGUCGGGUCUAUGGGACGUGGGUCACGAAGUCGGGUCUAUGGGACGUGGGUCACGAAGUCGGGUCUAUGGGACGUGGGUCACGAAGUCGGGUCUAUGGGACGUGGGUCACGAAGUCGGGUCUAUGGGACGUGGGUCACGAAGUCGGGUCUAUGGGACGUGGGUCACGAAGUCGGGUCUAUGGGAUGUGGGUCACAAAGGUGGGUCUAUGGGACGUGGGUCACAAAGGUGGGUCUAUGGGACGUGGGUCACAAAG